AUGGAGGAGUGGCGCGAACGAGAGGAAGUGGAACGGAAAGCCAGAGAGGCUAGGGAAGCAGAUGAAGCGAGAAAAAGGCGUGAGUCCGAACGUGCAGCGGCUGCUGCAGAGGAGGAGCGAAAGAAGAAUGCCAGAAGCAAGUCAAAGUCUUCCAGAUCUUCAAGUUCCCGUUCACAUCGAUCCAGAUCGCGCCGACGCCGGAGGUCCUCGUCUUCGUCAUCGAGGUCGAGUUCUAAGACUCGGAGAAAGAGUGGUUGGGAUGUCGCAGAUAGCAGCCUUAUUGCAAAAGCAAUGGGGGUCCCGACUUCAGAGACCAUACAGGCUCAAGCGGACAACAAGCCACUCAUUGUUGUACCUCCUCCCCCACCACCUGUUGCACGACCGGCUGGCGAUGCCAGUCCAUUGGCUACGUCAGCGCAAGGCCCUCCGACACCCCUGAGCCAAUAUACACACACACCAGCCCCACCGCCCCCUCCAGCACCCGUGCAUUUGAACGGGGCUGUGCUGAAUGCACCUGUGCAUGGCCAGAUGUGGGAGAAGUUGCCAGUCAGUCAGCAAGGUCCUGGGCACAUGGCGCAUUCGGUCAUGCCAUUUCCAGGUGCAGCCGUUCUGGCGCCCCAGCAGUGGCACCCGCCACCCAUGCAGUGGCAACCGCCGCAACCGCCCUUCUGCCCAAGUCAGACCGCAUGGCAAAGCCAGGCCUCGGCCGCGCCGAUCGCGCCGAUGUGGCAAGAGCCUCUUCAAGGAGGAUGGCCGCAACAAGGCGAAUACCCUGCAGGCGGCCCUGCCCAGGUGUUCCCCCAGAUUCACCAAGUGCCGCAAAAUCUCCACUCCUGGGCACCGGCCGAUCGCUCGAACGAGGAGCGAUUUAUCGGGAGGGUGAAGAGAUUCCAGGAUGGCCCUGCAGGUGGCUAUGGCUUCAUUGAUUGCGACGAAACCAAGCUGCGCUUCACCAGAGACAUUUACAUACACCGGAAUCAGAUGAUCGGGUUGCAGAUUGGCGAUGAAGUAAGCUUCACCAUCUCGUUGAACAACAAAGGCGAACCCCAAGCUAGGAAUGUGAUGAAGCGAGAAGAUGCGCUUCUGCUUCGGGCUGGUGCUGUCCACGGCAUGGUCCCAGAAGGGCCCGUUGGACCUUCCGCACCCAACUUGAUGGAUGAGCAUCAGGCAAGGCAGUUCCAAGCAUCGUUACGUGGUAACGUCGGUUGA